AUGAAGCUCAAGGCCCUAUUUCUGUUGGCCAUUUCUGGUGCAAGCCAGCUAGUCUCUGCCAAUGAGGCACCUUGUAACAACACCACGGACGCAUCGACGCUAUUGAGAAGUGUCAUUGACUCACUUGGAGGCUUUGAGGCUCUUCAAGCGGUUCAAAGACUGGUCUUUAAAGCUGAAGGCAUCUAUCGCUCGCAAACUCUGACCCAAAACUACAACCUCUACCACUCAGACCAAUCCGUCGCCGAAGCAGGAUCCGAAAUACUCUCCUUCGACUUCUCUUCCGGCUUCCGAGCUCGUAUCGACCGAUACUACCGAUACAAUGACUACUGGAUCUGGGCUCAGCCUGGCCUUGAGCCCUCCAUGAACUACACCAUCGUUCUCAAAGACGGCAAGGACGGAUAUGCUUGCUUUACAAAAGGGCAGAACUCAUUCUUCGUCAACGAUCCAACACAGACACUGGGAUAUGUGGACUCGUUCCUCGCCGAUUAUUUGCUUCAUCAGGCGAAGCAGUUUGCACUUCCUUGGUUGCUGCAGAAAAUGGAUCAAUCGUCGUCUUGCCUUCGGACCUACGACAUGGCCGAACCACUUACAAAGAAUCACUUCACCAUCUUGGAACUGGACAAUUUCGGGCUAAGUCUCAUUGUGAAUGCCACGAGCCAUCGGCCGUACAAGAUACGUUCUUUGGAAACCCACGCAACGUAUGGCAAUGUCACAAACGAUCUACUUCUAUCAAACUAUUCAACCGUCGGCUUUGACGAUGAGUCUACUUUCAGUCUUCAACUGCCUUACCGUCUGCAGACAAUCUUCAAUUCGACAGAUGUUCUCGAAGAUGUCAAGCUGGACAGCAUCUCCAUCAAUCCACCUUUCCAAACCGGAUUCUUUGAUCCAGUCUUACCAGCUGAAGACACAUCCUCUCCUCAGGCACCAAAGCAAAAUCCCCUCUACCCUCGGUCCGAAGUCCACGAGUACUUCGAAGCCGGUCUCUGGGGCGGGCCGUUUGAGUCCUUCUUCAACACAUCAGCCGUUGUUGUUACCCAUCCGAUCCCUGAUGUUCCCCAGAUCAUGGCCGUCUAUGUCGGUUACGCAGACUACGUCCAGCUUGUUCUCAAUUUCACCGACGGCGUCCUGAUUACCGAUGCGGCGCCUCAUCGGUCUCGCAUCCUGAUCCAAUGGGUCAAAGAAAUGUUCAACAAGACUGUUACGCAUAUUGUUCCGAGCCAUCACCAUCGCGACCAUGCGGGAGGAGUGCCGGAUUAUGUCAAGGCUGGGGCAACACUUGUCGUACCUGAUGUGGCCAAGAGAUUUUACUCUUCUAUCAACAAUGGACAUGUCAAGUUCGCCACAUAUAACGAAAGUAAUCCAUUCGUGUUGAAGGAUGAAAACAUUCAAUUUCGCUCCUUGUGGAGAGAUGAAAACCCCCAUGCGCGAGACUGGUCGUAUGGCAUCGCAACUUCGGCAUGUCCAGCAGAAGACGAGGCCGUCGUCGCCUUCGUGGCAGAUGUAUGGAGCCCUGAUCCGGAUGAUGGUGGCAUGGGAGAUGCUGUGCGAUUCGACAUUGGAUAUGCGAGACAGUGGCUCGAUGCAGCCGUGGACGACGGGCUACCGAGGGAGGCCGUCGUGGUGGGAGCCCAUGGAGGGAAUACCACCAUUGACAAGUUGGAGAGUCUGAUUGCCAUCACUGGUUAUGAGUAUCCUGAUUUGGGGACAAAGCAUUGGAAAGCUGGGGGUGCACUUUGCGCGCAUCAGCGGCCGUAA